CCGGGGACGCCGAAUGGCGCAGCGUUGACGCCACAUGGCCGGUCAAAGACCGAAGGAGGAGGCCACGCGACGCUGAGCCGCGGACUUCUUGUAAAAGUUCAGGUGUUUUAUUUCUUGGGGGCGCGCGCGCGAGACGAGAUGGCGCUGUCCCAGGUCCAGUGCCUGGACGACAACCACGUGAACGCGCGCACGCACGAGUCCAAAGCGGAGUUCCUGUACUGCGAGGACCAGCGGCUCGCCCUGGAGGCUUUCCUGCGGGACGGCCGCGACGCGUUGGCCGAGUUCCUGAGCGCGCAGGGCCUGCGCGGCUUCCUCUCGGACCCGGAGCUGGAGACCCUCGCCGAGGCGGCGGAGCCCUACGACCCGGGCUCGGAGCUCUUCUUCCCGGAGAACGGCGAGCGGCCGCUGUCGCUGCAGUACUGGCCCGAGCUGUCGGACACGUCCGUCCCGCAGAUGGACCUGAGCUGGCCGGACAACGUGUCCUACCGCGGGGUGACGCGCACCACCGUGUACACGCAGCCGCCCCUGGAGGGGCAGGUGCACAUCAAAGAGGUCGUCAGGAAAAUGAUUGCGCAGGCGCAGAAGGUGAUAGCGGUGGUCAUGGAUGUGUUCACCGACGUCGACAUCUUCAGAGACCUGCUGGAUGCUGGUUUCAGGAGGAAGGUUUCCGUCUACAUCCUGUUGGAACGCAAGACGCUGCCUCACUUCCAGUCCAUGUGCCAGAGGGCCAACAUGCACGCCGGGCACCUCAAGAACCUCCGUGUGCGCUGCACAGACGGAGCAGAGUUCCACUCACGAUCCUGCACAAAGGUCAGAGGGCGAAUGGGACACAGAUUCAUGUUCAUCGAUGGAGACAAAGCCGUGUCUGGUUCAUACAGCUUCACCUGGAUGUCAUCGCGGCUGGACAAAAACCUCAUCACCGUGGUUACGGGCCAGGCAGUGGAGGCCUUCGACAAGCUGUUCUGCGUGCUGUACGCGACCUCCACCUCGGUUGACCUUCGGCUGUUCGCCACGGGGAACCAACCCAAACUGGAGCCCCUCCCACAGCCGGUGCCGGUGGCCGCUACUUCGGCUGAUAUCGCCAGGAAACUGUACAGUCCCAAAUAUGCCCUCGCUGCUUUAGGUAACCCUGCCCCCUCUUCUGGACCCCAAGACACCCAAAACCUGGACAGCUCCAAGAACCCAGAAACCAAGAAGGGGGGGCGGAAGAGGGCGAGUAAAGAAGCCAUCGACCCCCCCAUCCACCCCGGACUCACCAACUUGGAGAAAGUGUGCAUGAUGUCAUACCUGCCCACCUGGCCAGAACCUGACCCCCCAAGUGACGUGAUCGGGUUCAUCAACAUUCGCGAUACCAGUAAACCGAAUCAAGGCCAUCUGCAGAGGUCCGAGAUGUUUGAAACCAGCCAAGCGAUCCGGUUCAGCAGUCCGUUCAGCGCGCCAGAGGAAACCCUGCCGCAGGUCGCCACGCCCAGACCGGCCGCGGUCCGGCACCAGCAGUCGAGCGAACGAGAGGAAGCCAAGACUACCGAGUCGGGGGCGGGCACAGCGCCGCCUGCACCACCCAAAGAGGUGCUUCCUGACGACCGGAGUCAAGCAGGGGCAACUGGACCCAAGAGUGAAUCUGACACUGUUGAGGCCCGUUCAAACUUACCCGACGACCGAGACACAUCCACAGCCCGCCCUCCCGACACUGGGGGCCCGGCGAGCGGCACACGACCCCUCCGGGCAGGAAGCAAUCCAAACGUGCAGCGCGAAGUCUCCCAGGAGGCACACCCGCAGCCUCCCGCCAACUCCCACGGGCAAACAAAGAAGCCGCCGCCGUGCACAGAUUUACCCGCGCAAGCUGUUGCCGAGCCGCCACACGUCUCAUGUGAACCGACUCCUAACGUCGACGUCUCCGUGGCCCCUCCUUCUACUUCCGUUAGCGCUUCCUCCUCGCUUUCACAAAACAGUCAUGCUUCCGAAGUGACAGACGCCUCGUCCGCCUCCAUUCGCUCAUCCCUCACCUGUACGACUCCCGAUCCUCUCCUCCCCUCCCGCUCCUCGGCGUCGUUAGCCUCAACCCCUCCCGUCCCCAAACCUCGUACCGUCAAGCUGGUCAUCGAUGGUCGCGGGCUGCCGGAGAUCAGAAGCUCGGGGCUCCACGUUGUGCGGCGUCCCCCAGACUCGCUGCGCAGCGGUCGCGGGGUUGAUGGGGCGGAGCCGGAAGAAGCGGAGCCCGCGCCGAAUGUCGGAGAAACUCUGCGGCCCACGCAGACCGUGACCUCGCAAGGGGCGGAGGCUGAGGAGGCCGAGGGACGCAGCAAGAAAGCAGCGGUGCGUCCGCUCGCUGAAAACGAAGCCGGGUCGUGUGUUUUGGUAUCUGAGGCGCAGAGCGUGAAUAUUCACGGGAUUAUUCCGACGGAUUCUGAACCUGAGACUGCAGCGGACAGUGAAUUGACCCCACAAAUCGAGCGCGUGGCCCCGGUAUGGACGGAGACGAAGGCCCGGCGAGGCUCGGAAGUGCCAAACGAACAAAGCGAGAGUUUCUCAGAACGCAAAACGUACUUGGCGAGAGCUCAGGUACCCCAGAGAAUAUCGUACGGCGAGUCGACCCUGAGGGAUGUCGACGUGUUGCAGAUUGUGGAGGAGCAAGACCUCGAAGCAAAUGCGAGCACGCACGCGCCCGGAAGACCCCGGCACUUGCGCCUCUGCGGGCCGGGCCUCGACGGAGUGACGCAGCUCCCCUCGGCUCGCCAUCGCACGCCGACACCUGAUGGAUUUUCGCCGCGCACGCCCAAUCCGGACGAUUUCCAGACACCAACGUCGGACGGGUACGCGUCUGAGGAGUUUUACGAGUGUGUCUUCACACACCCGGUGAGAAACAGGGGCGCUGCUAUCGGCGACUCGGAGGGUUCUUCCGGCCCCGGCAGUAUCUCCUCCUUGUCUUCUUUAAAAGACAAAACGCGGGAGGAAAAAGUUACAAAUGGGAGAGGAGAGGAUGAAAGUGUCGGGAGGACAGGGGGAGGUUACCGUGGGACCGAGAGGAGAGGCAGCGAGGACCCAAAGAGAACAUCGGACCAUUUUAAACAAGACAAAAAUCCAACGAGGUCAGAAGAAGAAAACAAGGAGGCUCGAGCCAUGAGGACAAAGAGGGGGCGGAACCAAUCGGCAGCAGAGAAACCGGUCGACGGGGGAGAAAUAACCAAUGAGAGAUUGUCCAUUGGUGACCUUCAUCAAAAGAAGCCUUCUUCUGAGAGAAAGAGAACAGACGGGGAGGCUUUAGGACCCAGCGGUGCGGAGAGGAAAGACAGGCCGCCUGAUGUUCAGAAGCGAGGCGGCGGAGCGCCGUCCCCUACCGGACCCCCUCCGGCCCUCUCAACCGACCAGGCUUCGGGGCUUCGUCCCUGGGGAAGCUGUCAGCGGGACCAGACGGAGAGCGCAGUGAUGGACGCAGCCCCCCACGGCCAGCGGAGCCUCGUCCCCCAACAGGGCGGGGCUCAACACCCCGCCGCCAAGCACAUGGUCGGCCGAAAGCAGACGGUGGCCCCCCAGGAAGAAGGAAAGACCCCCUUUAGCUGGACGUUCAGCAGCCUGAAGGACAAGGUGAGCAGGCUGCAAGCGCCAAGCAAGGACGGCAGCGCCGGCCCCCCGGGGCCGUGACCCAGGAGCGCAGGCUAGACCGGCGUCCAUUUUUGAGUGACUCCCAACGCACCAAAAAAGAGGCACGGAGAUAGAAACAUUUAAGAAGCCAAAAGUGUGUGUCUGACCUUUAACCCAUGACUUUCCUGUGUUUUACCCCCCGACCCCACUUAAUAAGCAAAUGUUCCAAAGACUAACCUCAUGACAGCGGCUGUGUGUAUCGCUUCUGUAUUACUAUUGCAGAACAUAUUGUUAUGAUGAGCUUUUUUCAUUUUUGCUUAUUCUGUGUGCGGCUACGUCGAAAAGACCAACAACAGGGACCUUUUCGGGGGGGCGGGUUUCUGAAGUGAGGUGAAUAAAACAAAGGCGCCGUGUGCACACAUAAACUUGUGGAUGAUAUCGAUGAAACGGCUUAUGUGAGCGUACGUCAUGUGUGUCGGAAGCAGGAGCGCCGCGGUCAUCAGGUUAUUAUAGAAGACUCCACUUCUAAAGUGGAACUAGGGUUCCCCAUCUGUUCCCGGGGGGAGUCGCUCAGGGGACAUUUAGUCGUCUCCUGGUGCAAAAAAACACGGUUGAAUUCUUUCAUUAAAACAUAUGUGAUGAAUCAUGGAUGACGGCCCUUUGGAGCCGCUCCGCGUGAGGUGUGCUGAACAUCUGAUUUAUGUCUUCGCCACCGUCAACAACGACAAAACGCCAGGAAGCCGCGAGCAGCGGGACCCUCCAGGUCCCAACAUCCGCCGUGAGAAGGUUUCCAUCAGAUGUUUCCUAACGCCGAAGCUCCUCCUGAGCAAUCUGCUCCAGCGGGAACGAUGAUGAAUAAUGAGACGGCUCAGGAGCUGUUUUGGACGCGCUGUGUUGUGUUGACCGUAGUUGGAUUGUGGAACGGCGUUCUCUGUACAGUAAACAUGGAGCAACAGAUCCAACGGAUUAACACGUUGCGUCUUGUUCGUUAAAUCCAGCAACAGCCGGCGGGGAGACGGGGGCGAAGACUCCAGGAAGUUACCGGUACGACGUGAGAAGAACACUGUUUCUGUCUGGAUUAAAGAAUCAGCCAGCUGACUUUGAGCUAAUGAAACCUACUAUUUGAAUACCAAUUAACCGUUAACAAACUAGAAUAUUGCAAAGCACGAUGUAACAGUGCUCCAAAGAGACCAAAAAAAGAAGUUAUAUGUAGAUGUUAUACUUUGCACAUGGGACAAAUCUUAUGAAUAUUUAGCCAACAGUCGUUGAUGCGACUCCAGAGUGACAGAUGGGUGAAACUAAACAAAAAAGUCAUCAAGACAUGAAAUAUC